AAUAUGAUUCUUCACCGCGUACUCCCAUUGACAAUGCUCUUGGCGCUGGCUUCCUGCUACAACUACUGCAACAAUAAGACGCAUGUCUGCAAUCUGGGCGGUUUAAAGCACUUCAUGUGUCGCCUGGAAGAGGAACUGCCUCCAUACAACGAAACCACAUUGGUUGAUAUAAUUCCGGACACCCGAAAUCUUCAAACGGAUAUGGUGGUAUUGCUAAAUAAUUUCCGUGACAUGAUGGCGAGCGGCCAGGCCAUUACCAAGUUAAACAAGACGUUUCCGAGUGCCACACGGAUGCGGCGACUUAUCUGGGACAAUGAGCUGGCCUACCUGAGCCGCGUCCAUGCCUCUACGGUAUCCUUUAAGCACACCGAGUGUCGAUCCACACUGCGGUUUCCGUUUGUCGGUGAGAUCACGGCAAUGAUGGCGGCCCCACUUAAAAAGAAGUUGACCAUAGACGGUGCGUUACGUAGGGUGUUUAGAAGAAUAUGGAAGACGCACCGCGAUGUGGAGGACCCCAAAAAAUUCAUUGAAGCCUUUACAACCACCAGUAAUUUUUCUGCCGAUGACCUCGCUAUCAUCAUUAACGAUCGUGUCUCUCGCUUCGGCUGCGGUAUCGCCGUGGGUUCCAAGGACUCCAGCAGCUUUUUUUACUUUCUGACCUGCUAUUUUGACAAUACCAACAUAGUCAACGCCCCUAUCUAUAAGCCUGGUGUGCCGACCAGUGGUUGCGAUGAGUGGGAGGCGGUUCCCAGCAUUAAGUGGUCCUAUCUGUGUAAGAAUCUUGGCUUGAUCUUUCCGAAUGAUUGAGAUGACAUUCUUGAGGAAUUGUAAUCCGUGGAAUUCAGAGACGAGCUUUAGUGGGUUUAACAUAUACUCGUACAUUUAUUUAUUUUUUUUUUUUGUAUGCUCUUGCCUAGUAUGGGUUCCAAAGCGUAGGAGACCGACUUGGAAUGCCUCUCUCAGAACCCGAAAUACAAUCCUAACAAUUCCUACGA